AUUCCUCCCAUCAAACUCAACAAAUGUUGAAAUUUUCAUUACUAGUAAUAUUGUAGUAGUAAUAAAUAUAGAAAAAUGGCGGCAUAAUUAUAUAAGUAGAAACAAAUAUUAAUUCUUCUUCUUCGCAUUCUCAUCUUGGAAAUGUCGUGAGGCUUUUUAGGACCCCAAUUUUGUUCUUUUCUUCUCUGCAUUUUACAAUAUUUGCCAUUUAUUGCAAAACCAAUUUUUUUUUCUCCUAAUGAAACGAGAUCUUAAUUGAGUUAAAUGAUUUUUUUUUAUUAUUUUUUUUUUUUUUGAGUUAAAUGAUUUUGGUUUAGCUCAUAAAAAUAAAACACAUUGUUCGAUGCCUCCACUUCUCCGGUUCAGAAAACUAUCUUUCUCCGAGGACACCGUCAACCCUACAGCCAAACAACAAACCACCACCGAGAAACCAAAACGUCGUCGUGCUGGGAGAUGUAGCUGUGUGGACUCAUGUUGCUGGGCGAUUGGUUAUCUCUGUACGGCUUGGUGGCUUCUUCUCUUCCUCUACCACUCAGUUCCUGUCCCGGCUAUGCUUCAAGCUCCGGAGUCUCCAGGGACUAGGUUGAGUCGUGACGGUGUUAAGGCACUUCAUCCGGUGAUUCUUGUUCCGGGGAUUGUAACCGGCGGGCUUGAGCUUUGGGAAGGCCGUCCUUGUGCCGAAGGGCUUUUCCGUAAACGUCUUUGGGGUGCUAGCUUCACCGAGAUUCUUAGAAGGCCAUUGUGCUGGUUGGAGCACUUAUCUCUGGACAGUGAGACUGGUCUCGACCCACCCGGAAUCCGUGUCCGAGCAGUCCCAGGACUGGUGGCCGCAGACUAUUUUGUACCGUGCUACUUUGCUUGGGCAGUUCUCAUAGAAAAUUUGGCGAAAAUUGGAUAUGAAGGUAAGAACCUUCAUAUGGCCUCUUAUGAUUGGAGACUCUCUUUCCAUAACACCGAGGUACGUGACCAAUCUUUAAGUAGACUGAAGAGUAAAAUCGAGCUAAUGUAUGCUACCAACGGGUAUAAGAAAGUGGUGGUGGUUCCGCAUUCAAUGGGGGCUAUAUAUUUCCUUCACUUCCUUAAAUGGGUUGAAACACCUCUUCCUGAUGGAGGCGGUGGUGGUCCAGGUUGGUGCGCCAAACACGUCAAAGCCGUUGUCAACAUUGGACCCGCCUUUUUAGGUGUCCCUAAAGCCGUUAGCAAUUUGCUUUCUGCUGAGGGCAAAGACAUGGCUUACGCCAGAUCUUUGGCUCCCGGUCUCUUGGACUCGGAACUUCUCAAGCUGCAAACACUCGAACACCUUAUGCGGAUGUCACAUAGCUGGGAUUCAAUAGUUUCUUUAUUACCAAAAGGAGGUGAGGCAAUCUGGGGCGAUCUAGACUCGCAUACUAAAGAAGGCCACAGUUUUAUUGACUCCAAGAGAAAAUUAUCACAAAGUAAUCUCCAUAGACAAAACGAUAGCGUUAGACCGGAGUCUUGGGUGAAAGAACCCGCAAAGUACGGAAGAUUCAUAGCAUUUGGAAAACGAGCAUCUGAAGUGCCUUCCGCACAACUAAAUCCUCUUAACAUCAAGGAACUGUUAAGAAGCGACGUCAUUUCAAAUGACAGCACAUCAUGUCGACAGUUUUGGUCAGAGUACAGUGAAAUAAGCCGAGAAAGUAUAGUUAAAGUAGCAGAAAACACAGCUUACACAGCCACCACUGUUCUUGAUCUUCUCCGUUUUAUAGCUCCUAAGAUGAUGAAACGAGCUGAGGCUCAUUUCUCACACGGCAUUGCUGAGGAUCUUGACGAUCCUAAGUAUGGACACUAUAAGUACUGGUCCAAUCCACUCGAGACCAAAUUACCAGAUGCACCAGAGAUGGAGAUGUACUCUCUUUACGGAGUAGGGAUUCCGACAGAGAGAUCUUACAUAUACAAGCUCACAACAACCCCUUCGAGUAAAUGCAAGAGCAGCAUUCCAUUCCGGAUAGAUGGAUCAGUGGAUGGAGAUGAUGACAUUUAUCUAAAAGGAGGAACUCGGUUUGUGGACGGAGACGAGAGUGUACCAGUGAUAAGUGCAGGGUUUAUGUGCGCAAAGGGAUGGAGAGGGAAAACACGGUUUAACCCGUCAGGGAUGGAGACAUACGUGCGGGAAUAUAAACAUAAGCCGCCUGGAAGUCUACUGGAAAGUCGAGGAAUGGAGAGCGGAUCUCAUGUAGACAUAAUGGGUAAUGUUGGACUCAUUGAAGAUGUUUUGAGGAUUGCUUCUGGAGCUUCAGGUCAGGAGAUUGGUGGCGAUAGAGUUUACUCUAAUGUGAUGAAGAUGUCAGAGACGGUUAGCAUCAAGUUGUGAUAUAUAUGUAACAUAAUUAGGAAUUUAACCAAUUUUUUUGGCCUUUUUAAAAAAAUAUGUAAGUAAACGUAAGUUCGUUGUUUCUGCUCAGUGCUCAUAUUUGUUUUGUCGUGGUUAAAUAAAAUGUAACGAAAACCUUAGGCGUAAAAUAGUAAGUCUAAAAACUAGGUGGUCUUUUCUGUACAUUAAUUA